AUGGCUGCUGUUGUUGCACCUCAUCAAACUCCUGGUCUUUGGCAAGAACGACGGGAACCAUCCUUCCAGAUGCCAUCCAGCAUGCACCAAUCGAGCAUGAUGCCCCAGUACGACGCUACACGCUCCGUCACCAGCGCACCCGUCUCCCGCAGCUUCCAACCCACAUCCACCCAGAUGGACAUGAGCAUGCCUCUGUACACGUCAAACGGCCUCCCCACCUCGGCCCCCUACCAGUCGGGAGGAGCAUUCGCAUAUGACCCGGCCUCAGUGAACCCCUACACCAUGCCGCAGUCCUCAUACUACUCAUCGAGCAUCCCCAACCCCGUCUCGUAUCCGCCAUCUUCCGAUGUCCAGUCACUGCCCACGGUACGCGAUGGCCGCAACCUGUUCAACCCCAUGGUCAAGGCUGAGAGCACUUCGCCACUGCAGUCAAAUCCCAUCUACAACAACAGCAACAGCGACACAAACUACUCGGCAGACUGCAAGCGCUCCAACUCGGAGCCCACAGAAAGCAACACUGUCAACUUUUCGACCGAUGUCGACACUCUGAUGAGGGCCAUCCAGGCCAAGCAGACAAAUGCCCCGGAGCCAACAGAGCCCAAGGACGAAACCACCAAGCCUUCGCAGAAACCCCGAAAACGAUACCAGUGCACAGUGCCCAACUGCAACAAGAGCUUCUACCAGAAGACACACCUAGAGAUCCACAUCCGUGCCCACACUGGAGCUAAGCCAUUUAACUGCAAGGCUCCAGGCUGUGGACAGUCCUUCUCCCAGUUGGGCAACCUCAAGACGCACGAGCGAAGGCAUACUGGCGAGCGCCCAUACAGCUGUGACAUCUGCGGAAAGACAUUUGCUCAGCGCGGCAACGUACGCGCACACAAGAUUGUCCAUCAACAAAUCAAGCCAUUCACCUGCAAGCUCGACGACUGUGGCAAGCAAUUCACCCAGCUUGGCAAUCUCAAGUCACAUCAGAACAAGUUUCACGCUGCCACACUCAGGUACCUAACCACCAAGUUUGCCACGAUCAGCAUGGGUGACUGGGUGUCCAAGGAGGACAAGGAGCUCUGGGAAUACUUUGCCUCGCUCUACAAGAACUCCAACAAGGGCAUCAAGGGACGCGGAAAGGACCGUCGCAUUUCGGCCAUGUCAUCUUCGGCGUCGUCAUACCCAUCGUCGUACGCGGCGCUACCCAUGAGCUCACUGUCGCGAAGUUUCGGUGGCCCGUUCCACCAGCACAGCAGCGAACGCAGCAGCCGAAGCUCUUCCAUGUCAUCAGACAGCAUCCAGCGAGUCGACAGUGGAUAUGAUUUCAACGUGCCCAUGCCCACGGGCUACCAUCAACCGCCAGCGAGUGGGUACGACGAUAUGGUGUUCCCCGAGCGCAAGCUUUAUUAG